GUAACUUCCUUGUUGUAACAACCAAUCGAAAAGGAACGCACCAGAGCUUGAGCGUAGCGCCCUGGAUAUAAAAGAAGCCCCUGGGUUGAGAUCUCGCAGUGCGCGCCUUAUUUCUUUAUUUGGAGACAACUAGUACUAUUACAACUUUCAAACCAAUUGAUAGUUUCAUCAAAUAACUCGACUCAGCUGAAAAAAUGAAGCCAGAUAUUUCCAUUGUUGGCAAAGAAACGGCUGCAGGUGAUACCGAAAAGAACUUCACCACAGAACACAUGCCGGCACCUUCGCCAGUCAAAACAAAUACAAAGAAGUACACCAUAGUAGGCGUGUCAGUUGUCCUAGUUGUGCUAAUCGUAGUAGGCUCUCUCGUCGGUGCCAUGCACAUGAUUAGGGAAACACACGAAGAUUUAAUAAAGGAGUACUCUGUGAUCGUGAAAGGUGGAAAGGACGGGGAAAGUGCCGAAACUGUUAAGGUGGAUAAGGAGAAAAGAACCACAGAGAUUGAUGACCCAAAACAACACUCUUUUGUCUUACACGAUUUCAACAAGGGACUGACAGUAGUGCGUACCCGUAUGGGUAAUAUUUAUGGGUGCUUCCUCAGCACUAUCGAUAAAGAAGAGAUGAGUCCAGAGGCUGUUGAGAGCUACAUGGAGGCACAUCCGGACGGGACAUUUGAUAUUGAGCAACCAAAGAACGACUCAAGCAUCCCCCGGUUGAUGCCAUCUGAGGAGCCUGUUGCUGAGCGAGGUUUCCUGUCCGAUGCGAUACGCGAAGCUUGCGAUGAGAUACCUCUGCAUUGGCUCGUGCCGGUUCCUGAGGAAUUGAUUAAUGAGCAUAUGAAUACUGAUAUCUCAAAAAGAUCGACACGAUUUAAACGCGGGUGUGGUGUGCACUGUAGCUUUCAGUGGGUGUGCUGCCCAUGGAGACGCGCGUACUACUGUGGUGUUAGAUGCAGCUGGAGUUGGGGCAAACGGUAAACAAACACCAGUGAAUCCCAGAGUAGACGCCUAUCACGUAGGAAACAAUGACAAUAUAGAACAAUAGAGAUUUAUAUUUCUGCGCAAAGUUAAGAUAAUUGUCACUUGCCCUCAUUCAAAAUUUACCAGAAACAAGUGAUAUGAAAUUAGAACAGUAAAAUACAGUCUGCUGAUCAUAGGCCAAGGGUAAAGUAAUAGUAAGCCGUAUAUAGAAGAGACAGGUGAACAACUCUGACUUAGACCACUUUUUAAGAUGGAGAUUUCAACAAUUUUUAGUGUAUUAUUUUCAAAAAGCCAUGGGGAGUUGAUAGAAAAUUAAUAGUUUGUAGCUCUUACCAAAGAUUGAAACUCA